UGGAUUUAACUAAAGCAGGCGUGUUCUGCUGUGAGGUCACCUCGAUUCUCCCCCACCAUCACCACUUAAUUUCUUAAAUUAGAUUUCCUUUUUCUUCUUCUACAGUUCUUCUUCUUGUUUUGUGCCCUAAUAAGUCACUCUCAUUCUCACCAGAAAUUACUAGAUUCUCUGAUACAUUCCUUCAAAUUAGAUUCUCUGAUUCCUUGAUUUACUAUGUCUGCACUCUCAACUCUUUGUUCAGAUUGAUUUGGUGGUGAUGUAAUGUGAUAUUUAGGCUUGAAUCAGAAUCAUAUUUGAUUAACAAUGACGAUGAAUCCGAGGGUUGCGAUGGCAUUUAGUGCUAUGAAAGAGAUAGGUUUGUCUGAGAAGAAAGUUAAACCAGUAUUGAAGAAUCUAUUAAGAGUCUAUGAAAAGAAUUGGGAACUUAUUGAGGAUGAAAACUAUAGAGUUCUUGCUGAUGCCGUAUUGGAUUACCAAGAAGAACAUAAGGAGGAUGUUGAGAAACAGAAGAGGAAGAAGAAAGAAGUUGUUGAAUCGCAUGAGGAUUCGGGACCUCCAAGGUCAAAAAGAUUGCGGCCAGAUGACCAACAAAGAUUGCGACCAGAUGACCAACAGUCGCCGCCUUUAGUGAGAAGGCAAAUGGGCCCAAACUUUGAUUUGACUCCUAGGGUGGAAGGGAGUGAAUCAUUUGGGCAAGGAAUGUACGGACAGGGGGCUGUUCCGCUGAAUGUAUGUAUGCCAGGAAGAAAUGAGGCGCUAAUGUCAUUGCCCUAUGAGGAUUGUUCUAGAGACGAAACUGAAGAGCCACCAGCACAGCUGCAGUUGAGGAGGAAAAGGAGUGAACAUGCGCAGCCUGUUUCACCUCAUAUCAAUUUUGAAGACAGGGGAAGGGGGUCUCUUCUUGCGCCUACAAUUUGCAAAAGGAGCGAAAGAGAAACGCCAACAGCGCCUUUUGUAGUCUGCCUUAAACAGCCAAAGACUGAACCUGGAGUUGAGCCAUUGCCACCUAAAGAGAAGUUAGCUAGCGGCGCUCAAACAAAGGUGUUGGUCAAACCUAAGACUGAACCGUGCAAUGAUGGCUUUCAACCAUCUGGGGUCCCAGCUGCUGCAACGCUUCCUCCCAAUCCUGAUUGCCGAAGAACCCAAGGACAUAAAGAUCAAAAUGUUUCUAGUAGGCGGCAUGGCGUGGAAGCCUUGCCUUCUCGAGAUGCUGAUGCCCAAGGACAUAAAGAUCAAAAUGUUUCUAGCAGGCGACAUGGCGUGGUAGCCUUGCCUUCUCGAGAUGCUGAUGCGGAAAAUGGAAGUCUUGGUGGUUCAGGCUCAUCGUCCAAGAAUGGAGGUCUAGAGCUUGCUGACGUCGCUGAGGCAACCCGUGCUAGUGUUGAACUUGCUUCAUCAACCUCAGGGGAGGUGAAAAUUUCUUUGAGUUGCAACUAUUUCUCUGGACAACCCAACUUCCGCCUACCAAGUAUGGAUGAGGUUUUUAAAAUGGUGGAGGAUAAAUGUCUGAAAUCAUACAAAAUAAUUGAUCCCAAUUUUUCUGUGAUGAAUCUGAUGAAAGAAAUGUGCCAAUGCAUUUCAGAUAGAGCUAGUGAUUCUACUGAUGAUAAUCAAGGAACCUUGAUGCAUAUAACAACCAACCUCAAUUUGCAGAAUAAUAUGAGGAAUUCUUUGGGUGCCAGAUCUGAUCAUGAAGACUCUAUUCUAAUACCACCGACUUCUAUUGAUAGAUCAGUUAGCUCUCAUUCCUCUGCUGAGGUAAUUGAACCCCACACGCCACAGCGGCUGGCACUGAAUGGUGUGGUUGACCUUCAAGGCACUAUUAUACAACCUAAUGAAGAAGUUCUUUCUGUUGGAGCAAAUGGAAGGGACAUGAUAGUGGAGCAAACGGAUGUAAGAUCUUCAAGUCCAUCAGGUUUUGUACGUGUUAGGCAGGAAAUGUCCACCCCUGAUGAUUUACGGUCUGCUGAUGAUACUCUUGUUGUAGUACGGCCAUCCCAUGAUGUAAAUGACAUUUCCAAAGGGCAAGAAAAUCUCCCCAUCUCAACAGUAAAUGAAGUCAGCAGUGCGCCUUAUCCCCCAUUGUUCUACUACAUCUCAAAAAACACAAUAUUCAGAAGUGCGCAUGUGAAUUGCUCACUUUCCAGAAUUGGGGAUGAAGACUGUUGCAUAAACUGUUUUGGUGAUUGUGUGUCGUCGUCUAUUCCUUGUGCAUGUGCUCGUGUAACUGGGGGUGAUUUUGCUUAUACACUGGACGGCUUACUCAAGGAAAAUUUUCUGGAAGAAUGCAUUUCGGUGAAUCAUGAUCCUCAAAACCACCUGUUCUAUUGUAAAAGUUGCCCCUUGGAAAGGUGCAAGGGUGGGGAUAUGCCUGACCCAUGCAAGGGCCACCUGAUGAGAAAGUUUAUCAAAGAAUGCUGGAGCAAAUGUGGUUGCAACAAGCAAUGUGGAAAUCGAGUAGUACAACGUGGAAUAUCAUGCAACUUACAGGUAUUUCUGACAGCGGAAGGAAAAGGGUGGGGCCUCAGAACACUCACGGACUUGCCUAGAGGGUCUUUUGUUUGUGAAUAUGUUGGCGAAAUAUUAACGAGUAAGGAGCUGUAUGAAAGAAACAAAGAAAUCACAGAUGUUGAUGUACAGACGUCCAACGUGCUGCUUGAUGCUGCUUGGGGUUCAGAUGGUGUUGUUAAGGAUAAAGAUGCACUCUGUUUAGAUGCUACAUUUUAUGGAAAUGUUGCGAGAUUUAUCAAUCAUAGAUGCUUUGAUGCAAAUUUGGUAGAAGUCCCAGUUGAAGUUGAGAGUCAGAAUCAUCGCUACUACCAUCUCGCAUUUUUCACAACAAGAGAUGUAGAAGCUUUGGAAGAGUUAACUUGGGACUAUGGGAUUGACUUCAGCAACCGUAGUGAUUCUGUAAAGGGGUUUCGAUGUUUCUGUAGAAGCAAAGACUGCCGAGAUGUUAGGCGCCAGUAUAUCUGAUCUGUAACUACGAAAGACUAGGCUGUGAAGUUUAUAUGUUUCCUUAUAGUAGUCUGUAGAGUCUAUGGUUUGAUCUUUGGGAGUAUGUGUUUUGCUCAAUGUAAGUUUUUUGUUAUUUUUUGGUUUUUUUGCUGCUGAGCAAUUCCAUACUUCCAAUAGUGUAAUUAUGAUGAUGCCAUUGUAUAUAUAGACUAGCUUUUUUUUGA